GAGAAAGACAAACGGAGCAAGAGAGAGAGAGAGAGAGAGAGAGAGAGAUCACUUUGGGAGAAGCAGAGUUUCUGUUUUCCUCUGAUACUUGUUUGUGUUCCUAUGUAUACGUAAUUACCGGUGAUUAGCGCUGUCUCGUGGACGUACAGUCUCUGCGGAGUAAUAGCUCCUUAUAGCCUAUGGACGGACUCAUUGAGCGCUCAGCUCUGUCCACGCAGAGGAGAGAGGGGACGGGAAGCGGCUGCUAGAAUAGUGGAAGACGAGAUCAGGAAAGCACAGGAGCUGAGGCAGCCGAGGGGUUCCUCUACAAAUACUGGAAUGGAAUAAACCAAUGGGUAACCAACAGUUGUGUGCUUUUUGUUCAAAAACGGUUUGUUUUCAUUUUAUUUGGGCACUUAUGGAUAACUUUCUUCCAACCACUUUUGUCGGAGUUUUCAAACAGAGCAGUGAAGCUACUUCAGAACGGGAUCUGUACAGCAGUCUGCUCUGCUCUUUACACACUACCUAUCUUGAAAUGUUGAUAUUUUAUGUCUAGUGCAGUCUUUGGAAGUAUGAAAUACGUAGGGAUGAAGCUGGUGUAAUUUUAUCCUUUCAGUCACAGCCAUCACUAAAAUGGCCAGUUUUGAGGCUUUGGCUCACAGCUCCCGCAUGUUGGUGUGGCCUGUCGGUUGUGUGUUUUUGUUUUUGGGCUGCUUAUCGGUGGCAUCCUCCUCCCACAGCCGCAGGUUAAUCUGCUGGCAGGCCAUCAUGAACUGUCAGACUGAGCCUGGGUGCCAUUACGCAUAUGGACAGUACAUGCAGGCGUGCGCUGCUGUUCUGAGAGGGGACAGGAAGAGGUGUCCCAGUCACUGCAUCUCCUCUCUGGUGCAGCUCAACCUGACGAAGAACGGGCCUGCGCUUGAGGACUGCAGCUGUGCUUCGGACCCCAUCUGCCGGAACACCAAGAGGGCCAUCGAGCCGUGCCUCCCCAGGACUAGCAACAUGGGCUGCACCGAGGCCCGGAUGCAGUGUGAAAGAGACCAGCCGUGCAGCUCUGCCAUGCGAGACUAUUUAAUCUACUGCGGGAAGCUUUUCAGCGGGGCAACUUGCACGAAUGCUUGUCGGAAUGUGAUUGCAGACAUGCGCAAAAUACCCAAAGCGGAGCUGUUGGAUUCGUGCGUGUGCGACGGGACCGAGAGGACCAUCUGCGAGUAUGUCAAGAUUAGCAUGAAGAACCUGUGCUUCGAAGCUCCUGUGACGGUGGAGGACGGCAGCGGGUCAGAGGACUACGAGGAAGAUGAUGGGGACUUCCCGGUGUCAGAACCAGAGUUCGUGGGGAGGAGCGCCGGUUCAGGUGGCUCUGCUGUGGGAACCUGUGGUGUUGUGACAACGGUGACUGCAUCUGUCCUGAUUCUACUAGUGCCUCUUCUUUAAACUCUCCUCAUAGUAAAACAUAUUUAUAUAUAUCAGACUGUUGUUCAGAUAAACACAUUGAUGGCCUUACAAACUCAGACUGUUGUUCAGACAAAGUUGAAACUCUUGCCUUUCCAAACAGACGCCAGUCAGUCUGGCCCAAUGCUAUUGAAGGAAGAAGCUACUACUCCGAAGAACAGCAAAUGUAAUAUUUGUUAUAAAACCAAACUUGCUUUUUUUAAAGUAUGACUUUUUUCUGUACUGAAAGAUAUCGAAUCCAGUUAGUAUUUUCUAUGCAAAUAUUAUAUUCAAUAACAUUAUAGAACCUUGUUGUAUCACUGGCCUGAAGAAAAAUGUCCUUUAUUUUAAAAAACAAUCAGAAAUGGAGACAUGGACAUCAGGCCUGCUCUAGUCCAUUUAUAUACUACAUGUCACAUCAGGCCUGCUGUAGUCCAUUUCUAUACUACAUGUCACAUCAGGCCUGCUGUAGUCCAUUUCUAUACUACAUGUCACACCAGGCCUGCUCUAGUCCAUUUAUAUACUACAUGUCACAUCAGGCCUGCUGUAGUCCAUUUCUAUACUACAUGUCACAUCAGGCCUGCUGUAGUCCAUUUCUAUACUACAUGUCACAUCAGGCCUGCUGUAGUCCAUUUCUAUACUACAUGUCACAUCAGGCCUGCUGUAGUCCAUGUAUAUACUACAUGUCACAUCAGGCCUGCUCUAGUCCAUUUAUAUACUACAUGUCACAUCAGGCCUGCUGUAGUCCAUUUCUAUACUACAUGUCACAUCAGGCCUGCUGUAGUCCAUUUCUAUACUACAUGUCACAUCAGGCCUGCUGUAGUCCAUUUCUAUACUACAUGUCACAUCAGGCCUGCUGUAGUCCAUUUCUAUACUACAUGUCACACCAGGCCUGCUGUAGUCCAUUUCUAUACUACAUGUCAACAGAUGCGGUUCUAUUUUGUUACACAGAGAUGAAACAAUGCAAGGUUUUUAUAAAAAACAGUUCACUGCCUAUAUUUUAAUAUUUUAGCAUAAUAUCAUUGAUAUUGGGUGACUGAUGUACCAUCUCUAUGUAUUUAAUGAAACUAUAUGGUGGACUUGUACAUAUUGUAUAUUGGUAAAUAAAUACAUUUUUUAAAGUAAUUUAUUAAUCCUAUAUUCCCCUGGGGACAGACGUCAAUUCAACGUCUAUUCUACGUUGGUUCAAUGAUGUUAAAACAAUGUUGAUUCAACCAGUGUGAGCCUAGUGGGAUGUGUCAAUGUCACAUCCAAACUUUCAAUAUAAAUGUUGAAUAAAUAUGAUUCCUGUCCAAAUCAUAAGGAAAAAAGUUCAGGAUUUAAAGGAA